UUUUUAUUAUUAUUUUUUUUUUGGAAUCCCCUUAUCUCUAUCAUCUCUUUUUGAUGAAAAACUCCUCCACAAAUAAACCAGGUCCUUUUUAUUUAUUUAAUUUAUUUUAUUUUUUAUUUUAUUUAAUUUAAAGGUAUGUUAUCCCUCAUUUAGACCCUCUUGUUCCAACUCCCAAAGCUUCUUCCCGAAGGAAUUCCCCUCAAAUAAAACCCAUGCUUUAAAAAUUAAGCAAAACGAGGAACGUGAAUUAAUGUGCCACCGUUUGAAAAGUCGUCUCUUCACCUACACGCUUCCAUUCACCUCCAAGACGCUUCCUUACUUUCUCACUACACUACUACGUUCGUCACCUCUCUCUACCCAACAACCCAAUAUUGUUUGCACCCCACAUUCUAAUUUACGUUUCGAUAACUGAUAAUCCAUCUGCCUCUAUCAUUGGUUUUACAAGCAGCUUUAAAGGGUCCUGAAGUCAUAAGGGUUUUGAAAUUUCAACUGGAAAGAAAUCUAUAAUCUGAAACCUCUCUGUAAUAAGGACUCCCCCGUAUAUUCAUCAUCAACAAAGAUCCUCUUGGUUUGUUUUCUGAUAUACUUUUUGUGUUUUCUGUCUCUAAAAAAUAUUGUUAAUUGUUCCAAAAAUUAGAUUUUUAUUUUAUUGCAUUUCAUAAAAGGAAAACAGAAAAAAAAUAUACUUCCUGUUUCAAUUUUUGUGUUGCUGCAUCUUCUUACCCCAAUUAGCUCUUCGGUUUUAGCUUUUUUCCAGCUUUUAAAAUUAAUAUGGGGGAUCGUUCUGUUAUUUCGGGUAGAAAACGAGGCCCUCUAGGUUCAACUGAUAGAUAUGGAGAUAAGAAGCAUAAAGCCAUAAUUAUGCUCAACUCAAAAAAAGAAGUAAUGAAUGAUAAAACUGAAAAUAAAAAUAUUGUCAUAGGAGAUGUAUACCACCGGAAGCAGUAUAGAAGAGAAACCAUUAUAAGAUGGAGGGAAAAGAGAGGUAAAUGUCCUAUAAUAUGUUCUCAUUUUCUUGACAAGAGGCAGUAUAGGAGAGAAACUAUUAUAAGAUGGAAGUUAAACAGAAAUAAUCAUACAAGUGCAUCAAAGUUUGCCAUUUCUAUUUCGGGUGAGACCUCAAAAGUAUUUUCUGAUGUUUUAAUUGACAAGAACCAAUACAAGAAAGAAGCUAUUGAACGAUGGAAGAAAAAGAAAAGUAAACGUACACCGAGUUGUUUGGCUUAUGAGAAAGCAAAACGAAAUACAACUGCUUCAGCUGAGACGUCAGCUAUUUCGGGUCCACCUUUGGAUCUACUUCCGAAUGUUUUAAUGGACAAGAAGCAGUACAGGAGAGCAGCCAUUGACAGAUGGAAGAAAAAGACAACUAAAAAAAGAGUUUUUUUGCCACCGAGUUGUUUGGCUAAUGAUAAAGCAUUAAAAAAAUCAAUUAAUGUAGGUAAGACGGGUUAUAUGAGAAGACAGCUUAAUAAUAGGAUAGGCAAACAUUUGUUACAACAAGUCCCCUUUGCUUCUGAUGUCCUUCCUGACGUCCGCCGUUGUCGUUAUUGUGAUGCUGUCAAAUUUUAUUCAGAAACAGCUAAUUUUUGUUGUCUAGAUGGUCGUGUUGUUUUGUCAAAUAAUGAGCUCCCACUUUUGAUGCAAGAUCUAUUGACUUCAACAUCAAAAGAAGCUAUCUCAUUUAGGACAUAUAUUAGAACAUACAACAACCACUUUGCUUUUACUUCUUUUGGGGUUACAGCAGAUAAUGAACUCAGUAAAAGAAAUAAAGGAAUUUACACUUUUAGAGUUCAAGGUCAGGUUUAUCAUUUUAUAAACGACUUGUCGCCUAAGGAAAAUGAUUCCAAAAAUUUACAAUUGUACUUUCAUGACACUGAUAAUGAGUUGGAAAAUCGUUUGUCGGAUUCUCCGCGCUUAUGUAUAGACUUGAUUGCGAAAUGUGUUGAAUAUCUGAAAGAUAAUCCGUAUGCUCGUUUUUUUAGAAAUUUAAGGGAUGUUCCAAACUUAGAUGAAUGUAAGAUUAUUCUUAAGACUAUUCCGGGACAGGAUCAAAGGGUUUUUAACAAACCAGAAGUUUCUCAAGUAGCUGCUAUUUGGAUUGAAGGUCAAGAGAACGGAGAACACGGUCGGAGAAGCAUUGAAGUUAAGUUACACAGUGAAUGCUCCAGGAGUGUUCAAUAUUACUAUGGUUGUUACGAUCCUUUGCAAUAUCCUUUGAUGUUCCCAUUUGGAGAGCUUGGUUGGCAUCAACAUAUUCCCAAAAAGAAAGACGUUGAAAGGGGAAAUGGAAGGAAUGUUGUUUCCACAGUAGAAAAGCUUAUCUCACCUGUAACUGCUACCAGUGCUGAAUACCUUUUGGAUAUGGAAGAAAAUGUUUUGGCCAAGAAUUCUGAAAGUUCAAAGUACGUUUCGGUUAAGGAAUAUUAUGCUUACAAACUUCAAAUUCGUAGGCAUGAUAAGUCCUACUUGCUGCAAUUUGGUCGGCUGUUACAACAAUACAUAGUUGAUAGCUAUGUUAAAUUAGAGACGCAAAGAUUAGCUUUUUUUAGGACACAACAAGCUGAUAUACGACAAGAGUUUUUACAAGGAAUUGUAGACGCUAUGGCAAGUGGUGAAAGUGAAGCUUAGCUAUUGGUAGACGUGUCGUUCUACCAGCAACGUUUAUUGGUGGACCAAGAAAUAUGAGACGGAAAUAUAUAGAUGCUAUGGCGUUAGUCCAGAAAUUUGGUAAACCGGACCUUUUUUUGACCUUAACAUGUAAUCCUAAUUGGCCCGAGAUUAGACAACACAUGAUGACUCAUGAAGAGACACAUAACAGAGCUGAUUUGGUUGUCAGGGUUUUCCACGCAAAACUCGAGUUGUUCAAGAAUGAAAUUUUAAAGAAAAAUAUCUUUGGAAAA